AUGAAACAUGUGCCAGGAGCUUGGCAAUUGCUUUCGUUUUCAUUCUUUUAUAUUCCCUUCCUUUCUCCUUAUAGUUAUAUUGGUAGCUAUAACAAUCUGGUCAAGGCUGUGGAAAAGUAUGGAGACCCAAUAACUAAAACAUUCAGAUUGACCACUUCUAAAUCAAAUUCUGUUUGGAUUAGUGAUCCAAAAUUAUUGAAAGAAUACUUCAUUGCAAAGGCUCACAAUUUCGAAAAGCCAAAUUACAAUGUGGCAGCCUUCUUUGGGGAAAAUAUUCUAUCAGCACAAAACAAUGAAAGUUGGAAGAAACACUUUAAAGUUUGUAAUCCAGCAUUUGGUCCAAAAAAUCUCAAAUAUCUCUGUAAGGUUGCAGUAGAGUCUUGUAAUUCAAUGUUUGAGAUGUGGGAUAGAAGAUGCGAUGGUACAAACAAUUGCAUUCUCGAACAUGAUGACUACCCAAAUUUGAGUUUGCAAAUUUUGGGCUUGGCAGGUUUAAAUAUUGACUUUGGUAUCUAUGCUGAGGAAGCAGAGGGUAAACAGUUCAGAUUUCAUAUGGUAAAUAUGCAAUCAGGAAGAUCCAUUAUUUUAAAAAUGUUCUUUGACAAAGAGUCUUUCAUGUACAAACUCAUUGGUAGAAUUACUGGCAUUUCACAAUCUAUUGAAUUUUGCAGUAAAUAUUUGGAUAAAAUGAUAGAGGAAAGAAAAGCUAAAUUGAAGAAUGAAGAUUUCUGUGAGGCAGAUGAAAUGAGCGAUAUUUUGAGUCUGUUGGUGAAGGCUAAUGUAAUUGAAAAUUCAAUUUCUAAUGAUGAACUCAAAAGUAACUCGAUGGUAAUGAGCGUUGCUGGCCAUGAGACGACGGCGAACGCUUUGAGAUGGGCCUCUUACUACAUCUCAAAAAAUACCCAAGUCCAAGAAAGGUUAUGGAGAGAGAUUGACGCCGUACUCAAUGGAAGAAAUCCUACCUAUGAAGAUUACCAAUCUUUGGAAUAUGUAAAUGCUGUGUUGUUGGAGACUUUAAGAUUGUCUCCACCAGUCUUACACAUGGGAAGAGUUGCUCUUAAAAAUCUCACUUUGGGAGAGUAUGAAAUUAAAAAGGGAGUGUCUGUAAUUCCAAUGUUUGGAUAUGUACAGAGGAGGGAAGACAUUUGGCCUAAUGCUUCAGAAUUCAACCCAGAGAGAUUCCUUGAUCCAGAGGUUAAGGCUAAUUAUCAACACAACUUUACCUUUGCGGCUUUUAGCUUUGCAAAUAGACAAUGUUUGGGAAAGAACUUUGCAUUGUUGGAGGCAUGCAUGAUUUUAUCCUCAAUGAUGCAAAAAUAUGAACUCAAAUUAUUGAAUGAUGAGGAAACAGAUCCUAUAGUUGCUGUACCAUUUCCUGUUAAUCGUCCUUCGAAGAACUUGAAAAUUCAAUUGUCGAAGAGACACGAUUAG